UCAGUACGCGUCACCUGUGGAGUUGUGUUGAGCAUCCGUACUUCAUCUACUAUCAGUAGUGUGCUCUUGCGUAGAGAAGAAACUUGUGACAUCGUUUGAAAUGUCACCGGACAAUUCGCUUUACAGCUUAGACCUUAGAUUAUACUAACGCAGGAUUUAACCAAGGGGAAAACUUCGGUUGCCAUGUCUCUCCUCUGCGUGAGAGUUAAGAAAGCCAAACUCCAAGGAACUUCAGACAAAUUCAAUGCCUAUGUGACUCUGAAGGUGCAAAAUGUGAAGAGCACGACCAUCACCGUGCGGGGAGACCAGCCAUGCUGGGAGCAGGACUUCAUGUUUGAGAUCAGUCGGCUGGACCUGGGGCUCAUUGUGGAGGUGUGGAACAAAGGUCUGAUCUGGGAUACCAUGUUGGGAACAGCCUGGAUCCCACUUAAAAGCAUACGCCAUUCAGAGGAGGAGGGCCCAGGCGAGUGGACAUUCUUGGACUCUGAAGUUCUGAUGAAGGCAGAUGAGAUAUAUGGGACUAAAAAUCCAACGCCACAUCGCAUUCUGCUGGAUACUCGCUUUGAGCUGCCCUUCGAUAUCCCAGAGGACGAGGCUCGAUACUGGACCGGCAAACUGGAGCGCAUCAAUGCUAUGGGCAUGCAUGAUGAGUUUCCCUUACAGGAUGAUGUAGCGGGACGCCCAUUACCCUGUGCUGCCUCUCAGUGCUCUUUAGAUGACCUGGACAGUGCAGUAGAUGAUAGGGACAGUGACUACAGGAGUGAGACAAGCUGUAGUUUGCCUCCCCGCUACCACUCCACAGCCCAGCCCAACUCCUCACUGCACCAGUAUCCCAUGGGACCGCGCUUCCAGCAGCACAUGGACUUGUGUGCUGACUCUUUACACAGUUUUGAAUUUGACUAUAGGGACCACCAUGUAAGCAGCCCUGUGGACUCCAGUCGCUUUGGAUCCUCUGGGAACCUCAGCCAGACCAGUUCUCAGCUCAGUGAGGCUGGUCAGGAAAGUGCUGCCUGUUCAGAGUUGGAAGAGUCCUACCAUUCCUACCACAGUACUGGCUAUCGGCCAUCCAGAAAUGGGCAUCAUUCUGCCAAUGGACAUACUUACUGGGGAGAGGAUGACGGACUGAAAUCGUCCCAAGAAAAUGGAAAGGCUCUAGGCAGUGGCAUGAAAAAAGAAGUGGUCACUCAAGUGGACAAAACACCUGAUAAGCCUAUCAAAAGCUUCCAGGAUGAUGGAUCACCUUUGCCAUUCUCUCCAUCUAGAGUGCUCUGGCUGAAGGCAAUCAACAAAGUGAGAAUUCAGCUUAAGGAGGGCAAAGAAAAUGGAGAUAACUCCAGACAUGCUUGGAUUAAAGCUGGAAAUGGCAGUGGAAUAUUUGGAAUUGACAGUAUGCCAGAUCUACGGAAGAAGAAAGCCAUUCCCCUGGUUAGCGAUGUGUCUCUGGUUCAGGCCAGGAAGGCAGGUAUUGCAUCUGCAAUGGCCUCACGCUCCUCCAUAAAAGAUGAGGAACUGAAGAAUCAUGUGUAUAAGAAAACGCUACAAGCUUUAAUCUACCCCAUCUCCUGUACCACGCCUCACAACUUUGAGGUGUGGACGGCCACCACACCCACCUACUGCUAUGAGUGUGAGGGGCUUCUGUGGGGUAUCGCGCGGCAGGGCAUGCGCUGCACAGAAUGUGGCGUCAAGUGUCAUGAGAAGUGCCAAGAGUUGCUCAAUGCCGACUGCUUGCAGCGUGCGGCUGAGAAAAGCUCCAAGCAUGGAGCUGAGGAUCGUACUCAGAACAUCAUCAUGGCCAUGAAGGAUCGCAUGAAGAUCCGUGAGAGGAACAAACCUGAGAUCUUUGAAGUCAUCCGAGAUGUGUUUGUCAUUAGUAAGGCCAUUCACGCCCAGCAGAUGAAGACCAUAAAGCAAAGCGUGCUGGAUGGAACCUCCAAGUGGUCAGCCAAGAUUACCAUCACAGUUGUUUGCGCUCAGGGCCUGCAGGCAAAAGAUAAGACUGGUUCCAGUGACCCCUACGUGACUGUCCAAGUGGGUAAAACCAAGAAGAGGACCAAGACUAUCUAUGGCAACCUCAACCCUGUGUGGGAGGAGAAAUUUCAUUUUGAAUGCCACAACUCCUCUGACCGCAUUAAAGUGCGUGUUUGGGAUGAAGAUGAUGACAUAAAGUCACGAGUGAAGCAGCGUCUGAAGAGAGAAUCUGAUGACUUCCUGGGUCAAAGUAUCAUUGAAGUGCGCACAUUGAGUGGAGAAAUGGAUGUCUGGUACAACUUGGAGAAAAGAACGGACAAGUCUGCUGUCUCUGGUGCCAUUCGCCUUCAGAUCAACGUAGAAAUUAAGGGUGAAGAGAAAGUGGCUCCUUACCAUGUCCAGUACACCUGUCUACAUGAGAACCUUUUUCACCACAUCACAGAUGUACUUGGUCAGGGUGCUGUGAAGAUCCCAGAUGCCCGUGGCGAUGAUGCAUGGAAGGUCUACUUUGACGAUGUGGCGCAAGAGAUUGUGGAUGAGUUUGCAAUGCGCUAUGGGAUUGAAUCCAUCUACCAGGCCAUGACGCAUUUUGCAUGUCUCUCGUCUAAGUAUAUGUGUCCUGGGGUCCCUGCUGUGAUGAGCACCCUGCUUGCCAACAUCAAUGCUUACUACGCCCACACCACCGCAUCUACCAAUGUCUCUGCUAGCGAUAGAUUUUCUGCUUCCAACUUUGGGAAAGAACGGUUUGUCAAGCUGUUGGAUCAGCUGCACAAUUCCCUGCGCAUUGACCUCUCAAUGUAUCGAAACAACUUCCCUGCUAGCAGUAAGGAGCGUCUACAGGACCUCAAAUCUACUGUGGACCUUCUGACCAGCAUCACCUUCUUCAGAAUGAAGGUCCAGGAACUGCAAAGUCCCCCGAGAGCCAGUCAGGUUGUGCGAGACUGUGUGAAGGCCUGCCUCAACUCCACAUACGACUACAUCUUCAACAACUGUCAAGAGCUGUACAGUCACCAAUACCUUCAAACUAGAGACACGAAUAAAGAAGAGUGCACCCCAGAAGACCAGGGCCCGAGCAUUAAGAAUUUGGACUUCUGGCCCAAACUCAUCACCCUCAUAGUAUCCAUCAUAGAGGAGGACCGUAACUCUUACACUCCCGUGCUAAACCAAUUUCCUCAGGAACUAAACGUUGGGAAGUUGAGCGCUGAAGUCAUGUGGAAUCAUUUCUCUCAGGAUAUGAAAUAUGCCAUGGAAGAACAUGAGAAACACAGACUGUGUAAGAGCGCAGACUACAUGAAUCUGCACUUUAAAGUAAAAUGGCUCUAUAAUGAAUAUGUGAAGGAUCUGCCAGCCUUCAAGGGAGCUGUGCCAGAAUACCCCACGUGGUUCCAGCAGUUCGUUUUGCAGUGGCUGGAUGAGAAUGAAGACGUGUCCAUGGAGUUCAUGCAUGGAGCCUUGGAGAGAGAUAAAAAAGAUGGAUUCCAGCAGACAUCAGAGCACGCUCUCUUCUCCUGUUCGGUGGUGGACGUCUUCACUCAACUUAACCAGAGCUUUGAGAUCAUCAAAAAACUGGAGUGUCCCGACCCCAAAGUCAUGGCCCUCUACAGCCGCCGCUUCGCCAAGACCAUUGAUAAAGUUCUCCUACAGUACAGUGCCAUUUUGAAGAAGAGCUUCCCAGCCUAUUGUGAUAAAGAGAAGAUCCCAUGCGUCUUGAUGAAUAAUGUCCAGCAGUUGCGUGUCCAGCUUGAGAAGAUGUUUGAAUCAAUGGGUGCUAAACAGUUGGACACAGAGGCCAGUGAUAUCCUGAAUGAUCUGCAGGUCAAGCUGAACAACGUACUGGAUGAGCUGAGCAGCACAUUUGGAAACACUUUCCAGACUCGUAUUGAUGACUGCAUGCAUCAGAUGGCCAGUCUGCUAUACCAGAUCAAGGGCCCCGUGAACGCCAACAGCCGCAACCAGGUGGAAGCCGAUUCUGACAACAUGCUGCGGCCACUGAUGGACUUCCUGGAUGCAAAUCUGAUGCUGUUUGCAUCGGUAUGUGAGAAGACUGUGCUGAAGAGAGUGUUGAAGGAGCUUUGGAGGAUCGUAAUGAACAGUCUUGAGAAGACCAUCAUCCUUCCUCAGGGCAACGACACCUUCGGGAUGAUCUUUUCAGCAGCUAAAGAACUUGGUCAGCUCUCCAAGCUCAAGGAUCACAUGUCUGGUGAUGCCAAAAGCCUGACGCCCAAGCAGUGUGCGGUCAUGGAUGUGGCUCUUGACACCAUAAAGCAAUACUUCCACGCUGGAGGUAAUGGUUUGAAAAAGGCCUUCCUGGAGAAGAGUCCAGAACUCUCGUCACUGCGACAUGCGCUGUCGCUCUACACACAGACCACAGACACACUCAUCAAGACAUUUGUUACAACUCAGCACGCUCAAGUGCAUAAUGGAAAGGGUAUGAGGAUAACACCUAGUGAGAAAAUACAGCCCUCCAGGGGCUCUGGAGUUGAUAAACCAGUAGGGGAAGUAUCAAUACAGAUCGACCUCUUCACUCACCCAGGCACUGGAGAGCACAAGGUUACAGUUAAAGUUGUGGCAGCUAAUGAUCUGAAGUGGCAGACGUCUGGAAUGUUCAGACCAUUUGUGGAGGUGACCAUGAUAGGCCCUCAUCUCAGUGACAAAAAACGCAAAUAUACCACCAAAUCAAAGAACAACAGCUGGGCACCCAAAUUCAACGAGACCUUCCAUUUUAUUCUUGGAAAUGAGGAUGGUCCGGAGUGUUAUGAGCUACAGGUAUGUGUGAAAGACUACUGCUUCGGCCGUGCAGACCGAGUGGUCGGCAUCGCUGUUAUACAGUUGCGCGAUGUUGCACCUAGAGCCAGCUGCGCCUGCUGGUGUCCGCUUGGCACACGGGUACAUAUUGACGACACAGGCCUUACUGUCAUGCGCAUCCUCUCCCAGCGCUCAGGUGACGAGGUGGCUAAAGAGUUCGUCAAACUCAAAUCCGAGACUCGAUCAGCUGAGGAGGGGAGAUGAGAAUGCCCCCUGAUGGCAGAUGAUGACCUGGGACUCAUUUAGAUGCGUGAAAAUGUACAUAAACAGGUGUUAAAUGGCUGGAUAGUAGCUCUGCCAUCCUUUUUUGUCCACAUUAAUUUUUUCUGGCUACUAAUGCACACCACUGACUCACACAGAAGGAUUGAUGGCAGCACAAGAGAGGUCAUUUGACUGUUUAGAGAGAGCACUGUUAGUUUUGCAGAGGUGGAAGAAGUUUCCAAAAUCCCUCACCACAUUGAUCGCUGCACUGCCGUUUCGACAGAGGAGGGGGUCUCGCUACAUUUAAACAAAAAAAACAAAAAAAUUAACACGUUCACUUUUUCACUGAGAAACACUCUCUCACACAAAGACAGUGACUAAUAAACUGGCAAUUGACAUUAAUCAGGUUAGAUUUAUUAUUUAAUUUGACGGAAAUUAAAUCGAGGUUGUGAGGAAAAGACAGUUCAGUCGUAUAGACUAUAUCCAUUUAAUGGUCUAUAUUGUGUUUAGGUUGUUGAUCACAUCUAAUUUUCACAAUCUAUGUUUUCAAAAGCUUUUUUUUCCAUUGGAAAUAUUUUGGAAAGAUGUGUUUGGGUUAAUCUCACGAAAACAUGUCCAGGUCGCAUUUCACUCCAAACUCAGAAAAAAAACUAUAUAUAUAUAUAUAUAUAUAUAUACAUACACACGCUACUGGUCAAAAGUUUUGAAACACUUGACUGAAAUGUUUCUGACGAUCUUAAAAAUCUUUUGAUCUGAAGGCGUAUGCUUAAAUGUUUGAAAUUAGUUUUGUAGACAAAAAUAUAAUUGUGCCACCAUAUUAAUUUAUUUCAUUAUAAAACUAAAAUGUAAUAAAAAAAAUAAAAAAAUAAAAAAAAAAUAAAAAAAAAAAAACAUUUUUGAAAUUGAUGACUAAUAAUACCAAAUACCAAAUAAUAAAGAAAAGCAUCCAAUAAGUGCCCAACAUAGAUGGGAACUCCUUCAAUACUGUUUAAAAAGCAUCCCAGGGUGAUACCUCAAGAAGUUGGUUGAGAAAAUGUCUGCAAAUUCUAGGCAAAGGGUGACAACUUUGAAGAUGCUAAAGUAUAACACAGUUUUGAUUUAUUUUGGAUUUUUAGUCACAACAUAAUUCCCAUAGUUCCAUUUAUGUUAUUCCAUAGUUUUGAUGACUUUACUAUUAUUCUAAAAUGUGAAAUAAAUUAUAAUAAAGAAUGAGUAAGUGUUUCAAAACUUUUGACCGGGUGUGUGUGUAUAUUAGCGGGAAAUGUGCCUAAUUGUCAUGAAAAGAAUAAAUAAAUAAAAGAACAUAAUUGAUGAAAUGCAAAAAUUAAAAACAAAA